GCUUCUGGCCUUUGUUUUCAAUACAUAGCAGCAGACUACCCUUUUGUCCAGCACUACAAAACGCGUUCUCUUUAGUCCCUCGUCUUUCUUUCAAUCUCUUUGUCCCAACGAUACAUAUUAUCGCCGAUUAGUGUUUUUCACCUAUGGAAAAUCAACAACAACGUCAGCCUUCGAUGAAAUCAAGAUUCAGACGUGUCUGUGUCUUCUGUGGCAGCAGCCCCGGCAAGAAUCCUAAUUACCAGCAUGCUGCUAUUCAGCUUGGCAAACAACUGGUUGAAAGGAACAUUGACUUGGUUUAUGGAGGAGGAAGCAUCGGUCUCAUGGGUUUGGUCUCUCAAGCUGUCUAUGAUGGUGGCCGCCAUGUGUUGGGAGUUAUUCCCAAGACUCUUAUGCCAAGAGAGAUUACAGGAGAUACUGUAGGAGAAGUAAAAGCUGUAUCAGGUAUGCACCAACGCAAAGCUGAAAUGGCUCGUCAAGCUGAUGCAUUUAUAGCCUUACCAGGUGGGUAUGGAACCUUGGAGGAACUCUUGGAGGUCAUCACUUGGGCUCAGUUGGGAAUCCAUGACAAACCGGUGGGGUUGUUGAACGUUGAUGGAUACUACAACUCACUGCUAUCAUUCAUAGACAAGGCUGUCGACGAAGGAUUCAUCACACCAGCUGCCCGUCACAUUAUUGUUUCUGCCAACACUGCCCAGGAACUCAUGUGCCUGCUCGAGGAUUAUGAAGCUGAGCAUUCUGGGGUGGCAUCAAAGCUAAGUUGGGAGAUGGGGCAGCAGUUGGGUUACACAGUAAAGUCUGAUAUCUCUCGUUGACUUGAUCAGAUAGAUAUAUACUCCUAGACAUGAUGGAGAAUUAUUGACCAUAGAUUUUAGCAAAUCUUUCUAAGAUACACACAACCAUGCAGAUGCGAUUGUGAGCUCGAAGUGCCACCACAGUUUCUUUUAGUUAGCUGUGUGGAUCAGAUCAUGAUGCUAGCUAUUUUUAUUUAUUUAUUUAUUUUAAAAAAUCUUUCCUGUUCUUGUCAUUGUUUGUUUCAUUUGUCAAGUAGAGUCUGGCCUGGAUAAACCAGGCCAGUGAUUUUAAUAUUGCUGGUUUCCUAUGUCGGUGUUACCAAUUGUGCAAUUCUAUAUAUUUGUUGUUCAGCUCAAUAAAAAAGAAAAAGAAGAGGAGAGAGUAGAUUGUUGUUA